UACAAAAUCAUACACAUCCAGGAUGGCCUGAGGGUGAGUAAAUAAUUAGAGAAUUUUCAUUGUUGGGUGAACUAUUCCUUUUAAACAACAUGUUAGCUUCUAAACUAUUAAAUAUGUUCCGGUUUAUAAUUUUAAACACAGAUGUCCACAACUAUUAUGUGUAGCAGUUUCACCCACUAUUAUAUUUCUAAUAUACUUGUUAGUACAUUUGUGCAGAUUCCUUCCCUUUAAACAUGCUAUGUUUCACUUAUGUAACAUCAGAAGCAUCACUUCCACAAGCUCUUACAAACAGACCCUUUUCACAGACUGUGAUGACGCGUUUCCGCCUUAAUUAGCAACGUAAAUCUCGCAUUUUUUUUUUUUAUAUUAUACAUGUAUAAAAUAUUGAGUGUACAUUUAUAACAUUAUGUUUUGUGUUAUAUUACCCUGGAAUUUGUUAAAAAAAUUAAUUACCACAGCUGCGAGGUGGUUUCGAUUACAGCUGCUGAGAGAGUGACAGUAAAUUUGGCUUCUUCUCCCGUCUUAAUCCACCGCUCACUAUUUUUUUUCCUCUUCUGGAAAGCCAUUCAAACGUAAGAGUGGAUUUUUUCUUUUGGUCUUGGAGCAAAUGGGUAAGUGAAAAUAAUAUUUGCUGUGGUCUCCCAUUCACUCCCAUUCACCGCUUUUGAAGUUUACCCUGCAAACGUUUACUUCCGCGUUCCAAAACCCGGAGUGUGGAAAAAGGUCUUUUGUAAAACUUCCGGUUCGCCUACAAAUUGACGUCACAUACUUUCUAUGGAGGCCCGGCCCGUCGCAUGACUCUUGCACCCCGUGAUUCGUCCUGUGUAGCUUUUCGUGUCGCGGCAUUCGCUGAAAGAUGGCCGUGGUGGAGCAGCGCCCGCCCGUGCGGGAGGGGAUGCGAAUCGCGGUGUUGUGUCUGUUUUGGUACACCGUCAGUUCUGGCGGCAACGUGAUCAACAAAAUUAUCCUAAACAGCUUCCCCUAUCCGGUCACUGUCUCUCUUUUCCACAUCCUCUCCAUCAUUGUGUUUCUGCCGCCGCUGUUGCGCGCCUGGGGCGUCCAGCGCACGGAGGUGUCGGCUGGCUACUACCGCUGGUUCAUUCUGCCGCUCGCCUUCGGGAAAUACUUCGCCUCCGUUUCUGCCCAUUUCAGCAUAUGGAAGGUUCCGGUGUCAUACGCGCAUACUGUGAAGGCCACCAUGCCCAUCUGGGUGGUUCUGCUGUCACGGAUCAUUAUGAGGGAGAAGCAAACAACAAAGGUUUACGUGUCUCUUAUACCUAUCAUUAGUGGUGUUCUUUUGGCCACGGUCACCGAACUAUCUUUUGACCUCUCUGGAUUGAUCAGUGCUCUGGCAGCCACUCUCUGCUUCUCUUUACAAAACAUAUUCUCCAAAAAGGUCCUGCGUGAUACAAGAAUUCACCACCUGCAAUUGCUGAACGUCCUGGGCUUUAAUGCACUUUUAUUUAUGCUCCCCACAUGGAUUUUAGUGGAUCUCUCCAGCUUCCUGAUAGAUGGAGACCUGUCAGAGUUUUCCAAUUGGACAGGAACAAUAGUGCUGCUCCUCAUCAGUGGUUUCUGCAACUUUGCACAGAACAUGAUAGCUUUCAGUGUGCUGAACCUGGUGAGCCCACUCAGUUAUGCUGUAGCCAAUGCAACAAAGAGGAUCAUGGUCAUCAGUAUAUCCCUGCUGAUGCUCAGAAACCCUGUCACCACCUCCAACAUUAUCGGCAUGAUGACUGCAAUACUGGGCGUCUUUCUCUAUAAUAAGGCGAAAUAUGACGCCAACCAGGAAGCCAAAAAGAAACUUCUGCCAGUUUCAGCACAGGAUAUGGUUUCAUUCGACAAACCCCAGUCCAACGGCACCGGGCCGUUCACACACAGCUCAGACUUUCAGCAUGGUCGGAGCACAGUGCUCACUGACCACUUUCAGUACAGCCGACAGGCCUACACAACAAACUACAACUCCAGCCAGUAUGUUGUGUGAGUUAAACUCUUUGGAGAACUCUAAAGACUGAUCUCAGACCUCCGUAAUUGAGAACAGAUGGCUGUCUUUCGAAUUGACGUGGAAGUGUAGAAGCUGACUGGAAAAGGAAGGUUUUCUCGCAAUCCUACUGUUUUUGUUUUGUUUUUUUCAAUAGGACUGUUAUUUAUUUCAUUACAAACCUUAAAGAAUCCUUAUCUUGCUUCAAUAUCCGAUGGCAGUUUAUGAUUAAAAUGCUCAGUGGUGUAUGUAGUAUUAUAGGAUGGUUCUGAGAUUUUUCAAACCAUGGUGGAAAUCUUGAGAAGUUUGGCUCGUAAUGAAUCAAGAUUUUUCUUUUGCACGGAUGCAUUUCAAUGCAGUUCAGAUUGCAACGUGUCUUCGUCACCAUUGCGCUACUGUGAGUGAGUGACUAACAGCGAGACCGCUGCCAUAUAACAUACACUGGGUCACUGCAAAUGCAUGCAUCAGGGUAUUAGUCAAUAUUCUAUUAUUGCCUCCUGUUUGUAAAUAUUGUAUUUAUUUUUUAUAGAAGAAGGUGCAUUGUUAGACCAUAUCAUGGACUGAAAGACUGAAAACAGCCUUUUGAAUGUCUAAUAUCUGUAAAGGGAUCACUUUUUUUCUCGAGGUGUUUUAAUCAGAUGGCUGUCACUACACAAGUUCACUUGAAUCAAGGUGUACAUUAAUAUGCAUGAUUAUCAAUAUGUGUUUUUAUUUUAUUUAUUUUUCUUUUUUUUUUCCGAAAUGGAAGCCAAUAGGCUAAGAAUUGCAGUGGACUUCUAAUAUGGCCAUCAUCUUAUGAGUCAGUUAAAUGAAUAUUAAAUGUCUGGUUUCCUACAUUCAGAGGACCAGAGGGAAUGGGGUUACAUAAAGGUAUUUAAAUUUAUGUUGAGUCAGUAAUAUAAAUUGGCAUGAUCUAACAAUGAGGAGCUCUGCAAUUGUCAAAAACAGUUUAUAUUCUGUUUCUUGAACGCAGGUCGGAACAGAAAUACUAUUAAGACCUGACAUACUUUUUUUAGGUGCUGUUUUUCAUGGGCGAUGAUCAGCUGGGUGAGAACAAUCGUGUAAAAAGGUGCAAUAUUCCUUUGUCCCGAUCCCUUUUAGGGGUAGAAAUUGCAGUGAGUGUUGCUUAUAUCAUACUAUGUGCAUUGGCAGGCCUGUACAGAAUCUGCUGACUUGUUUUUCAUUUUCUGCACUGUUUUUAAAGGAAUAGAUUUAAACAUGGUGCAUUUUGUUAAACGCAGCUGAGUGUACUAAUUUAAUUAGCCGAAAUAUUUAAUAAAUGAACACACGUGUGAAGGGGGAAGUGUAGAUCUUUGUGAAUGAUAGGUGUUCAAUUUCUGCGGAGUGUUCUGUCUUCACAGACUCAGUGUGGGCUUGCUCUAUGGGUAUUAUUGACCAGUUCUCGUCUUUGUUUCCAAAUUUAUGCUUUAGUUUUAGCAAAAUGGAGUUUUAGCAGUUUUUUUUCUGUUAGAAACUCUCUUCAUAAAAUGUGUCUUGCUGCUGGAAAGUUUGACACAACUUGGCAAAAAGCAUGCAGAAUGUUUGCAUAACUCUGCAAAGAGAAAAUAAAAUGGGGGAUUCUCUCUCUCUGUGUGUGUGUGUGUGUGUGUGUGUGUGUGUGUGUGUGUAUAUAUAUAUAUAUAUAUAUAUAUAUAUAUAUAUAUAUAUAUAUAUAUAUACACACACACACACACACACACACAGUACUGUGCAAAAGUUUUAGGCACUUGUGAAAAAUUUUGCAUAGUGAGGAUGUCUUCAAAAAUAAUAUCAUAAAUAGUUUUCAUUUAUCACUUAAUGUCAUACAAAGUCCAGUAAACAUAAAAAGGCUAAAUCAAUAUUCGGUGUGACCACCUUUGCCUUUAAAACGGCACCAAUUCUCCUAGGUACACCUGGACACAGUUGUUCUUGGUUGUUGGCAAAUAGGAUGUUCCAAGCUUCUUGGAGAAUUCACCACAGUUCUUCUAUCUAUUUAGGCUGUCUCAAUUACAUCUGUCUCUUCAUGUAAUCUCAGACUGACACGAUGUUCAGUGGGGGCUUUGUGGGGGCCAUGACAUCUAUUGCAGGGCUCCCUGUUCUUCUAUUCUAAUCUUUUCUAUUUGCAAAAGUAAUGUUUGGGAGUCUAACAUUUAUAUUUCCUAUUGACACACUAAAGCUGAAGAUAUAAAUAACCAUCUUAAGACAAAUAAUUUUGUGCCUAAGUGUUUUGCACAGUACUGUGUGUGUGUGUGUGUGUGUGUGUGUGUGUGUGUGUGUGUGUGUAUAUAUAUAUAUAUAUAUAUAUAUAUAUAUAUAUAUAUAUAUAUAUAUAUUUUUUUUUUUUUUUUUUUUAAAUGUAUGUAUUUUAAAGUGCACCAUAACGUUUUAGAGUGUGUGUGUUUUAAAUAGUCUUGAAAGAUGAGGUUCAUGGGACAUUCUUUUUUUCGGUCUCUCUAUAUUGAGAUUUUUAAAGAAACUGUCAGCAGCUGUAAAUGAAAGGUUGCUGGUGUGAUGUCUGUCGGUUAUGCCUGUUUUUCAUUGAUUCACACCUAUUGCUUUAUAAUGUGAUGUCGCUGGGGGUGUGGACAAAAAAUCAUUUUUACGUGCCAUUGCUAAAUUGGUAAUUGAUUAAUCUAUUUGUAAAUGCACAAGAGAGUAACAUUGGACUGAUUGGGCAUAUUUAUUACAUGUGAUGAGUAUAUCGAGUUGGCACUGGCAGAUUAUGUCUUCAACUGGGAUUUUAAAGGAUUUGAUACAGUCUUGGUAAACACCUUUUUUUUUAGAUUUGUUGUCUAGUCAUAUCACCGAGAGAAAUUUUGUAAACUGAGCCUAAACUUCAAAGCGCAGGAAUAAUCAGCUGUAAUAACCAUCCCUACACUUUUGUAUUCAGAAUAUCAUGCACUACUGUAGUAUUUGAAAUACUUUUACUUUCAGUCAGCUGCAAAAUCUUUACGAUCUUACCUUUUUCCCCCUGGGAGAUUCAUAUGUCUCUACAUUGCUGACAGUCCUGUUGAAUCCCAUGUAGUUGUUGUAAUUUUUUUCUGUUAUGUGGAAAUGUAUUGUGUCACUUAUAUUUGAGAUAUUUUUACUUUCAGCCAGUGUUUAUAUGAUUUGAUUUUAAGAUGCCUUGGUAUGUUUAUUGUUGCAUUCUAUCUUGUCAACCUUAAGGUUAUAAGAUGACUUAUUUUUAAAUGUGAAAAUAAACAUGGUAAAUUGAUAACGCUUGUUCACCUCUUUGUAUAGGGCUGUAUUAAUUUACGUUCAGGAACUUUCAGUAUGUAUAGAAAGAGAUUCAGGCAGCAAUGAGUGGGGCUCAAGCUGAACAGAGAGCAUUACUACCACCUCCCUUUUCAUUAAAUAAUGUAGAUUUUAAACAUUUAGUGCUCAUAAAUAACUGUAAUGCUUGUGUUAAACACUAUAAAAUAUGUUGUUUUGUUAGGCGUAUACUAAGAUUAAUAACCCCUAAAAAAAAAAUCAGGCUUUCACCUAAUUCUUAAUUAUGUCAAAAGUUCAUGGAAGAUAUUUUAAUGGCAUUAGGCAGUGCUGGGUAGAUUACUUUAGAAUUGUAAUCUGGUACUAAUUACAAAUACAUGACUACUAUAAUUGUAGUCAGUAAUGUAAUCUCUUGGAUAUCAUUUUAAGAAAAUAUAAUUUAAUUAUUUUUUGAUUACUUCCAACAUAAUUCUUGUUUAUUUGAUUUCACAUGCAUUUGAGCUUGUAUCAUUUUGUUUAAAUGCAUAAAAGAACCUAUUUAAUGGAUCAAAAUAUAAGAAUUGAUAUGAUCUUUUGUUUAGCAUGUUUUACUCCCUAUUUGUCUGUUUCU